AUGGCUGACGUUGAAAUUCCUGAUCCAAAGCUAAAUUUUGAACAGAAUGAACUUGUUUUAUGCUUUCAUGGUCCUUUGCUUUAUGAGGCCAAGAUCUUAAAAGCUGAAAACUGGGGCCCUAAUGAUUCAGAUUCUGGUGACACUGGACCACACUAUUAUGUACAUUACAAAGGCUGGAAGAAAACAUGGGAUGAAUGGGUUCCGGAAGAAAGAGUAGUAAAACACAACGAAGCAAAUUUAAUUAGACAGAAACAACUUAAAGACACAUAUUCAAAUAAAAAAAAGAAACCGGUCAAAACAAUUUAUAAGAUUGAGGACCAAAAUAAAGGAAGUGAUUUCUCGGAAAGUUCGCUAAAACAUCAAGGAGUCGUUGUUGGAUUAUUAUUGGAAUAUUUUCAUAAUGCUUUCACUCGUAAGUCACUAAAAGUCAAAUUAAUUGAUGAUUGGGAAAACGUUACGAGGAAUAAUGCUUUAUUGAAAUUACCUCGGAAAUAUACUGUUGCAGAAAUCUUGAAUGAAUAUUUGGAUUUCAAACACAAUUCGAUAGCAGCCACAGCUUCCAAUCCGAAAUCUGAUAAGGAUGAUAUACAUUCAGAAGUUGUCCAGGGUAUUAAAAUAUACUUUGACAAAACUCUUGGAAAUAUUCUUUUGUAUGCUGAAGAACGUCAACAAUACGUAAACAUUCGUAAGCAAUUCCUUGAUAAAGAAAAUUCAGAGAUAUAUGGAGCAGAGCAUUUGUUGCGACUUUUUGUUGAACUUCCACGAUUACUUGCUCAUACUACAAUGGAUCAAGCAGCUACAGAGACUCUUGAAGAACAUUUAAUUGAUUUUUUAAAAUUUCUACAAAAAAAUGAAGACCGAUACUUUGCCGAAACCGAAUAUGAACGCCAUGGUAUGCUACCGCCAAAAAUACAAAAGACAACCGGAAAAAAGAUAUGUGGUUAUAUUAAUAUGAACGAACGAGAGGGUUGGGUCUGUGCAAAUUGUAAAACGUCAAAUACACCUGGAUGGAGAGCGGGCGAAUCUCCAGACCAAAAGCUUUGUAACGCAUGUGGUCUUUAUUUUGCCAAGUAUAAAGCACAUCGUCCUGAACAUCUUUGGAAUAACUUACGAAAUAAGACUGCAUAA